UUCAUUCGCAUCCUUACAUGAGCAGCUGUCAAAACAGUGUGUCCUCUUUUCCAACAAAAUCCCGUAAACUUUACAUUAGGACAAAAUGUCAACGGCGAUGAACUUCGGAAGCAAGACGUUUCGACCGCGUGCACCGGACAAAGGAGCAUUUCCCUUAGAUCAUUUUGGUGAAUGUAAAUCAUUCAAAGAGACAUAUAUGCGAUGCCUUAGAGACAACCAUUUCGACAACUCACAAUGUCGGAUACAGUCAAAGGAGUAUUUACAGUGCAGAAUGAACAGGCAGUUGAUGGCAAAGGAACCACUUGAAAAACUGGGCUUUAAGGACUUGAUGGACAAACCGGAAGAAGAAAAUAAAAACCAAAUAUGACUUGGACUUAUGUUCCCAGUUUUCUUUAUCAUCUGGUAAAAUUGUAUAUGCUUUGCACAAAUGAGU